AUGCCUCCCCCCUUUCUCGCUCUGUACCCCCCUUCCCCUCCUCUACCCCCCCUUCCCCCUCUUUACCCCCCUUCCCCUCCUCUACCCCCCUUCCCCCUCUUUACCCCCCUUCCCCCUCUUUACUCCACAUCCCCCUCUCUACCCCCCUUCCCCCUCUCUACCCCCCUUCCCCCUCUCUACCCCCUUCCCCCCUCUCUACCCCCCUUCCCCCUCUCUACCCCCUUUCCCCCCUCUCUACUCCCCUUCCCCCUCUCUACUCCCCGUCCGCCUCUCUAUCCCCCUUCUACCUCUCCACCCCCUUUCUCGCUCUGUACCCCCCUUCCCCUUCUCUACCCUACCCCCCUUCCCCUCUCUACCCCCCUUCCCCCUCUCUUCCCCCCCUUCCCCCUCUCUAUCCCCCCCCUUCCCCCUCUGUACCCCCCUUCCCCCUCUCUUCCCUCCUUCUCCCUCUCCAUGCCAGAAUGCACUCAUUGCCAAGAGCGUGGUGAGUUCCUUUGCAGAGUCAUGCCUCCCCCCUCCUCUACCCCCCUUCCCCUCCUCUACCCCCCUUCCCCUCCUCUACCCCCCUUCCCCUCCUCUACCCCCCUUCCCCUCCUCUACCCCCCUUCCCCUCCUCUACCCCCCUUCCCCUCCUCUACCCCCCUUCCCCUCCUCUACCCCCCUUCCCCUCCUCUACCCCCCUUCCCCUCCUCUACCCCCCUUCCCCUCCUCUCCCCCCCUUCCCCCUCUUUACCCCCCUUCCCCCUCUUUACUCCACUUCCCCCUCUCUACCCCCCUUCCCCCUCUCUACCCCCCUUCCCCCUCUCUACCCUUUUCCCCCCUCUCUACCCCCCUUCCCCCUCUCUACCCCCCUUCCCCCCCUCUCUACCCCCCUUCCCCCUCUCUACCCCCUUUCCCCCCUCUCUACCCCCCUUCCCCCUCUCUACUCCCCUUCCGCCUCUCUAUCCCCCUUCUACCUCUGUACCCCCUUUCCCCUUCUCCACCCCCUUUCCCGCUCUGUACCCCCCUUCCCCUUCUCUACCCUACCCCCCUUCCCCCUCUCUACCCCCCUUCCCCCUCUCUUCCCCCCUUCCCCCUCUCUAUUCCCCCACUUCCCCCUCUCUACCUCCCUUCCCCCUCUCUACCCCCCUUCCCCCUCUCUUCCCCCCUUCUCCCUCUCCAUGUGAACUCAAACACCCAGGACUCACAUUUCCCUCGCGUUCAAGGCGGUAG